CCUGUUCUAUUUUUGUCGACGCACAUUAACCGUCCUCACUUUGACUUUGUGAACAGCCCCAGGCCCCAUAGAGCUUUCCACAAACUGUAAGUUCAACAGCGUCGAAGAGCAAGAGGCAUCUCUUCAGGGCCCAGCUGGUCCGCCUCUUUCCACACCACCUCGAAUAGUUUGGCAACGGCAAAAUAAAAACCGCCAUGUCGUCCCUCCGAAAUGCCGUCCAACGGCGUAACCACAAAGAGCGGUCCCAAUUAUCGUCCCGCGAGAACCGUGGUCUUCUCGAGAAGCACAAGGACUAUGUGCUCCGUGCACGGGACUACAACCGCAAGCAAAAGACCUUGAAGACGCUCCGCCAGAAGGCGUCAUUCAAGAACCCGGAUGAAUUCUACUUUGGCAUGGUCAAUGCCAAAACGAGGAAAGGAGUACAUACGUUGACGAGGGAGCGGGAACAGCAGUUCGAUCACGAGUUCUUGAAGUUGUUGAAGACGCAGGAUGUAGGAUAUGUCAACUAUCAGAAGAGUCUCAAUGCGAAGAAGAUUGAGAAAUUGCGGAGUGGGCUGCACUUUUUGGAGGAGGGCGACGAACCGGUAGAUGAGGGGGACGGUGGGGACAAGAUGGAUUUGGAUGACGAGGAUGAUCCCAUUCGGUACGACUUUAUGAAGCUGGAUGAGGAAGAUGAGGAGGAGGUGAAGAAACCGCCAAGGGCUUCCAGCUCGUCAAAGCCGAAGCUGAACCAUACGAUAUUUGUUGACACUGAGGAAGAAGCAAAAAACUUCGAUGCCGCAAAACACUUUGAUACCCAGAAGGAGCUCCUCCAUCGCAAAUAUAAUCGGCCGACGAACCAGAUGCUCGAAACGUGCGAAUUGCCAGAGGUUGCUAAGAGCUCAAAGAAGCGUGAGAAGGCGUAUAAGGAGCUUGCAGCGCGGUUGGACCGCGAGGAACAGUUGCGGAAAGCGCAGCUGGAAAUGGAAGUGCAGAAGAACCUGAUGGGCAAAGGGCCAAAGCAGAAGGUCGGCGUGGAUGCGAAGGGGUUGCCGAUAUAUAAGUGGAAAGCGGUCAGAAAGCGAUAGAGUUGAGCGCAUUGCAUUUGGAAGCU